AUGGGUCUUCUGAGCUCUGCACUUCUCCAGCUGUCGCCAGCAGCGUCCCAGGCAAGCGUGCCGCCCCCGCCGGGCCUCGCGGACGCAUCCCAGCGGCGCGGCACCUUCCAGUGGAGCCCCCGCCCUAGCCAGCGCCCUUCCGAAGCCGCGAGCCAUGGCGAGGCGCCAGGUGGCCCCGUUGGAGGGGCCGCGUCGGCAGCCGCGGCAGCCGCGGCGGUGGGGGUGCUGGCGACGCAGCGAUGGCAGAAGAAAGCGCAACGUCGCGGGACGUCGAGGAAUUAUCUCGGCAGCGGCGGCAAGACGGCCGUGCUCACCAGGGAGGGCGACAUCGAUCAGCUCACGCCGCAGGCAGUCAUGGUGCCCAGCAGGGCACCUUUCCUGGACGACAUCCGGACGGGCGUGCCCCUCGUCAUCCCCAUCCUGAGGCCCCCCGCCGCCGAGGAGCGCCCUGCGCCGCCCGGGGCGUCGGAGUGCGUCGUGGUCGACUGCGGGAGCGGCAGCACGCGCGCCGUCUACUUCUCCCAGGGCGCGGGGCCCUCCGGCGUCUCCCGCCGGAAGUCCGAGUGGCGCGGCGAGAAGCUGACCGCGGCCCUGGCGGACGAGGGGCGCACGCGGGAGCUGGCUCGGCUGCUGGCGGACAAGAUCCCGCAGGGGCGCGUGCUCGUCGGCGCGACCGCGGGCGUGCGCCACGGGCUGGAGACCGGCCUGCUGCGCUGGCGGCAGGUGGAGUUCUUCGCGGCGUGCCUCGAGGAGCUCUUCGGCGACCGCGUGCGGUUCACGGUCCUCGACGGCGAGGAGGAGGCGCGAGCCGAGUGGGAGGCCCUGAACCACCUGCUGGGCGAGCGCCGCGGGAGCCCAGGCCACGUGACGGGCAUGCUGUCCGGCGGCGGGAUGUCUUGCCAGCUCGCGGUGCGCGGCCAUGGGUCCACCUCCAGGCCACAGGCGCUGCUGAGCUUCAAGAACUUCGUGCUCACGCCCGGCGGGAUCGUCGAGCGUGCCGACCGCGGCGAGGUGACGGGCGCCGACCUGCGCGAGGAGCUGCCGCGCUACGAGGCCUCCACGCGCGAGGCUCUGCGGGGGCUCCCGGUCCAGCAGGAGGGCGUGGUCGCCCUGGCAGAGUGGGUGGCCUUGUAUGUGGCGGCGGCGCCCACCGAGCGAGACAGGACCAUGUCUCUCGGUUACGAGCGGCUCCUCAGCUACAGCGAGGUGGCCGAGGCGCUGGACGAGCACCUGGAGCAGCUGCUCGGCCGCACGAGUCUCUCGGAGCCCGUGCCCAGGGAGGUGGUCGUCGCGAUGACCUACGGCACGGUGAUCCGAGCCAUUCUGAGGCAGAUCUUCGGCAAGGGGGUCAGCUUCUACGCCCUGGAAGGUGUUAGCUGGGCUACUGGCCAUUACCUCCUAUCCAGCCUGGCAGCCACCCCAUCGGCACCGUCAUGGUAG